AUGGACAUGAAUGUUGACGUUGGUGUGAGUACCUGGCGUGAGGACCUCGACGCCCGUGGUCCUAAUCUCAAUCCCUGCGGUUCGAAUCCUGCCGAGGUUGAGGUUAGCAAGCGCGCACGGGCUACGGAAACGGAGCUCCGAAACCGCGACGGCACGACUCGCUCGGAAUGCCGUAGUCGCCGCCGACGUCGCUACGACAAACUCCGAGACGUCCUGAUCAAGUACCUGCCGCCGGAGGAGACGGCACGCCACAGCAGGACCGCCAUUCAAUGA